AGAAAGAAACAAUUUGUGCUAAACUGCUAAUGGUGGUACUAAAAUUACUCAGGAAGUUCGGAGACCGUUACAUACAAGAUGCAAGUAUUCCACGUCACACUUCUCAACCAAUGGUAUUUUGUUAACGAACGAAUCCUCCGUGAGUCUGUUCUUCCACAAUAGAAGGACACCACUUCAAGCUCCCUUCCCUAACCUUCAUCAUUUCAAUUUCUUCCACUAUCUCAUUUUUUUUCCUCAUUUUCUCUUCUUUCAUCGCUUCUAAGAUGGAUCGGCGGAGAAUGUAUGAUAGGCAACAAAGCUCAACGGGGACGCCGACAUCGCCUUCUUCACCGGUGACGUCGAUGUCGCCACUAAACCGUCAUGCACGUGCAGGUUCCACCGGUUCUGCCGCGUUUAACCUCGGGAGAGGGCAAAGCACCGCCCAAAAAGCUGCCGCUCAGAGACUUGCACAAGUUAUGUCGAAUCAAACAAUCGAGGAAGAAGAAGAUGAUGAUGACAUGCCUCUUGAUUAUUCAGCAAUCAGUGGCACUAGAAGCAUUGGACUCGGUGGUGGUGGAAGAGCAGUGCGACCUCGCUCUCCAAUGAACGUCAAGAGUACUCAAGAACAACCUCCAGCAGCAAGAUCACGUUCGCCUAUGACAGUUCGAUCUACUCCAGACCAACCUCCAUCUGCAAGAUCACGGUCACCAAUGACAUUUCGCUCUGGACAAGACCAACCUCCAUCUGCAAGAUCACGUUCCCCGGCGCCAGCACCAGUGUCAGUUCGCUCAGUUCAAGAACAACCCCAAUCUUUAAGAACAGUAUCGAGUGUUCGAUCUUCUUUCUCUGGAAAUGCUGCUGAGCAAACUCCGCCACGAAUCGCCACAAAUGUCAAUCAAGGGGAGCAACAACCACCCUCAGCUCGUUCAACAACGUCAAAUAGAACCUUUGAUAUGUCUCCUUCUGCACGCAGUUUAGCCAAUUCUCGGUCAUCUCAAUCAAGUAUUGUGAACAAUGAUCAACCUCCUUCUGCUCGAGCAAACUCAGGGCGUCCUGGUGGACUUUCUAAGGUGGUUCCCUUGGUUCCGUCCAGUGUACCUAUCACACUCAGGCCAACCUCUUCAGUUACCAUUCCCCCAUCGGAGUCUCUUACAGAUCUUAAUAAAAAAGAUAGAAGACUGUCACUAGAUCUUGGGAGUAUGAAAGUAAGAGAAAAUGCCAAUCAGCAGCAACGUCCUACUUCUGAGCUUGAGGAUGAGCUUGAUAUGCUACAAGAAGAAAACGACAAUUUAAUUGAAAAGCUUCGACUUGCAGAGGAGAGAUGUGAGGAAGCUGAAUCGAGAGUUAAACAACUAGAGCAACAGAUUGUUAAUCUUAGAGAUGGAGUAACUAUGGAGGCUCGCCUAUUAAGCAGGAAGGAGGCAGCACUACAACAAAAAGAGGCUUUUCUGAAAAAUUCUUCAAAGGAUCCAUAUCAUGGAAGUCCUCAUGGCAUUAAAACACAUCAGACGGAUGCUGAGGAAGCAAUAUCUGCAUUGGAGAAGCUUCGACUUAUAACUCAACGAAUGAUACUUACGCCGGAAGAAAUGGAAGAGGUUGUUUUGAAGAGAUGUUGGCUAGCUCGGUAUUGGAAUUUAUGCCUUAAACAUGGUAUUCAUGCUGAGAUCGCUGAAGCAAAAUGGAAUUACUGGUCUACUUUCUCCCCUAAUCCAGUUGAUGUUGUAUUGGCUGCUGGAGCGAAAGCUAAAGAGGAAGCAAACCUCGAUUUAGAGGAUACAGAAGAUCAACGUGACCCGAAUGAUCUUUCUGGAGAGGGAAAUGUCGAGAGCAUGCUUUUUGUUGAGCAAGGUUUGAGAGAACUGGCUUCCCUAAAGGUAGAAGAAGCAUUAGCAGUUGCAUUGGCUCAACAUCGGCGACCAAGUACACUGAAAGCUGGUUUUUCAGAUCACUUGAAGCUACCGGUGGAAGGGCAUUGUGAUGCAUUCCAAUUGAGCGAGGAGGAGGCUGAAGAUGUAAUUUUUAAGCAGGCCUGGCUUACUUAUAUAUGGAGAAGAGCAAAAAGGCACGAAAUAGAACCCGAGAUAGCAGAUGAGCGUUUGCAGUACUGGAUCAGUCAUGACUCUACGACACCGAGCUCACAAGAUGCAGUUGAUGUUGAACGCGGACUUGCAGAGAUAAGGAAGUUGGGUAUUGAAACACAAUUGUGGGAUGAAUCUCGCAAAGAAUUAGAAUUAGAUAUUGACAAUUCCAAACCCGGUCGUUCUGACUUUUGAUGAUAGACAACUAAAGUAUGUUUUUUCUUUCAAUUUUUCUCCUUUUCACAAACCAUUCUAAAGUGAACUUGUCAGCCACAAAGAAUUGGAUAAGAAAGCUAUAUUUUCAUGUUGAGGUAUGAUGUUCACAAGUUAGAUGUGGUAAGAGUGGAAAUGGCAUCAUAGGUUUCAAAAACUGUGGUGGAUAUGUGAAAGGAAAGGAGUAGACAAGGUGGUCAAAAAUGGAAGUGAUGGAAGUGUUUGUGACUAUCUUGGCCAUGUAUAUGUGCAGACUACAGACACAGCCUAUUACAGUCUCGGGAGGCAAAACAAGUGACUUGGAGGGGAUGAAAAAAGAUACUUUGUAGACAGUCUACUAUAUAUGGUUAGACUGUUAAAUCCAAUGGUAAAAAUAAGGUUAUGCAUGUACAACAUUUGUUUCACUUAUGCAUGUUAGAUUAAGCCUAUUUUUAGUGUAUAAUAUUUUGUAGAAACAAUGUGCUCCAUUAUUAUGAUAUUGUAAAAAAAAAAGUGUUAAUAAUAGAAUAAAUUCAUAUUUUAUUUUUCUUGCAUAA